AAACUUCACAAAUAAUCUAAUAAAAUCAUUUAAAAUUUAUGAAUAACAAAGUAUUACUUUGACUUCCCAGUAGAAAAAAAAAUUAUGAUUAAUUCCAUCUUUUAGAAUAUGAUGUACCUGGAUCGUAUAUCACCUUUAAUAAUGAUAGGCUUGAUUAACUGGAACUUAGUUUUAUCUGAAUUCAUAGCAUAUGGAUCUAAUACUAUGAAUAAAAAUACAGAAAAAAUUUUGAAUUCUGUUAUCUCUAAGAAACAAUCUGAAAUACUAGAAAAUUUAAAAUCUUUAUCAACAUCAAUACAUACACAGGAUACUUCAAAUGAAUAUAUGUUAAGUGAUCAUCCAUUAUCUGUAAUUAACUUUAAUAAGCAUCAAAAAUUUUCUUAUCUAAAUGAUAUGCAACCAGAAAAUGUUGAUAAUUCAAAACAUCCAUUAUUAUCUGAUCCAUUGUUUGAUCCUUCAAUUCUUACAGAUACUGCUGCUCGUGUAAUUCAAUCUAAUCGUUGUACAACAGAAGAACGCCAAAAACGAAUACAAUGUUUCGAAGUACUACCUGCGGAACAGUAUGCUAUACCAUUAGGACAUACUGUGAAUAUGCAAUGUGUUGUUUUAAAUCAGCAUGGAAAAGUUCAAUGGCGUGCAAAGAAAAUACUUCUUGGUUAUGAUCGUUCUAUACCGGGUUACUCUAGAUUCAGAAUAAUUGGCGAUGUUGGACGAGGAGAGCAUACAUUACAAAUUACAGAUGUUCAACGUGAUGAUGCUGGAGAAUAUGAAUGUCAAGUCACUCCAGUUCCGGUUAAUAAUCAUCCAUUAUUAAGAAGAAAAACGUAUCUAGAAGUUCUUAUUAAGCCGAAUGAACCACAGAUUUUAUAUCAAAAUGUACAGUUACCCGACAGAAAAUUGAUUAUAUCUCAACCAGAUCCUAUAUUGCGUAUUAGUUUAGUUUGUUCUGCAGUUGGUGGCCGACCAGCUCCAAAUUUCAAAUGGUUACUUAACCGUCAUGAAAUACCAAAUCUGGAGGUAAAAACUAAAACACCGAUGAGUCCUAAUGAUGUAGCCAAAAUGAAUAAUUUGCUCAAAAUUUGGGGUAAAUUACAUCCUAUUAUCAAUAAUAAUGAGAAUGAUGAACAAUCUAGUCUAAGUAUUCUUAAAGCUGGUUUAGAAGAUGGUGAUGAAAUUGUAUGCAGUGUGUCAAACUCUGCAACUCAAAUAAAUCAUGAUCCAAUGAAACGUAAUUUAUCGAUAACAAUUACUGUAGAAGUUCAUACUCCUCCCGGUCCUCCGAAAAUCGUCAGUCCUGAAUCAAACCAUGUUUAUUUAGAUGGUGAACAGUUACGUGCAGUAUGUGUUUCCUCACCACCUGGCAAACCUUUAGGUGGACUGUUCUGGAGAUGGUUGAUAAGAACAAGUCAAGUUGAUGACAGUGAUAUUCAGAAAAUCAGUGGAAUUGGGGGUAGGGGCGGUGCUAGACUCAGUGAUUACACAUCUGUUGAAGCCUAUCUACGAAGUUUAGACAGUAGCAAUAGUGGUGGUAGUCUAUCGCAGAAAAUUGUUAUGCCAGAAUUAUCUCAGUUACAGCAGGGAGAUUUUAUUUCUGAGGAUGUACAACCACUGCAUUACACACUUACUAAAGAGAAAGAUCAAUUAGUAAAUACACUGAUCAUUCAACGAGUUACUCGGAAGUAUCAUGCUGCUAAACUGAUUUGUGAAACUGGACAUCCUGUGGGUUCGGCUCACCAAACAAGUAUCACAAUAUUUGUGAAACAUGCACCAGCUAAUGUCACAAUUUCAGUAGAAACUGGUAGCAUUGAUGAUGAUCAUACUGGUGGACGCCAUGAAAAAGUAGCAUAUGCACGUGCCGGUGAAAUGAAGACAUUUAUUUGCAAAACUGCUCCAUAUUACGGUCAGGCAACUAUUAAGUGGUUAUUUCAAGCAGCUGGUGCUAGUAUUACAACACCACCCAAACAACUGGUUGAUAAAGCUGUCACAUUCAAAACACCUGAUGGAGAGAGUGUCUAUCAAGAGUCACGCAUUCAGAUCACUGUUCGACCAGAAGAUGACAGAAGUUAUAUAGAUUGUCUUGUUUGGAGUGUUGGAGAUGCACGCAUUGAUUCAAGAGUUCGUCUAGAUAUUAUCCAUCCCCCAGAUACACCUAAGAUUACUGGUUAUAAAAGUGGCCAACCAGUGAACAUGGCUCAUCUUUUGGAAUUUACGUGUACUACCACAGGUGGCAAUCCACUGCCUGAACUCCAGUGGUUUAAAGAUAAAAAACCGAUCACAAACACUGGUGAACCGAUUGUUAUUGGAAAACAAACUACUAUUAAACUAAAGCUUGUACCACAAAAAGAAGAUAACGGUGCUGAAUAUCAUUGUUCAGCUCGUAACACUGCAACAAACAAUGAAUGGAUAGAUAGUGAAGCUAUAAUUUUAAAUGUUUUAUUUCCACCACAACGAGUAAGUUUAAAUUUUGGCGGUAAAUCGGUAGUUCAAAGUGGUGAACAACUUGAAAUCAACUGUCAAGCAGAUAGUUCAAAUCCAGUUGCUGUUAUCACAUGGCGUCAUUAUCAAUGUGGACCAGCUCAUGCGUUUUAUCGACGUCAUUUAUUACAACAACAACAAAAAUUACCAAAAUCUAGUAGUAGUACAAAUGAAGGGGAAAAGUGUAAAUUAUUAGAACUAAAAGGUUCCGACGAAACUCCUAUUCCUGGAGCAUCCGGUGGUUUAUUAGCCAGAAGUCAUUUAUGGCUACGUCCAACUUGGAGAUAUCAUAUGGACUUUAUUGAAUGCCAAGCGGAGAAUCCAGUUUAUGGUCCACCUAUUUGGCAUGAUAGACUUCAAUUAAAUAUCACAUUUGCACCACAAUUCUAUGGGCUUCAAGUAGGUGAUCACCGAGUAAUACGAGAAGGUGAAACGACUCAUCUAGACUUUGGAUUAUAUGCAAAUCCUCCAGUUACAUCUGUUUCAUGGUUUCGUAAUGAUCAAUUACUUCCAUUUGAACCGAAAGAAACUGAUACAUGGCAAGGUGUUUUUGCAGCUGGUUCUGUUGGAGAACUACUUUCAUUACAUAAAAUUAAUCGAGAAAAUAUGGGCAAUUACACAGUGGUAGUUUCUAAUUCACAACAUGAAUCACGAAAUACAUUUUUUCUUAAUGUUACAUAUCCAGCAAGUAUUGUUGGCAAACUUGAAGAGAACAUAACACAAACGAAUAAAGACUAUGCUGCUUUAGAUUGUAAAGCUAAUGCGAAUCCGGCUAUACCGGAUAGAACAUUUAAAUGGUAUCGUUACUUUCCACCUAAGGGUUGGACAGAAGAAGUAGAUGAGGGGGCAUUACAACUGAGUGAGCCAAUUUAUUGUAAUCAAUCUCAGGUUGACAAACCAAAAAUGCUUGCUCAGUGUUUUCAACAAGAUAAGUUUCAAAUUUCUAGUACAUUUUACAUCUAUCAACUUACAGAAGAUGAUGUUGGUAAAUAUGUUUGCGAGGUCAGUAAUGGAAUAGGUGAACCAGUGAAGAAGACAUUUAAUCUUUUGUAUCAUUUUCCUCCAAAAAUAAUUCAAUUGCCUCGAUAUACAAAAGCAGCUGGUGAACAAAGUUCCAAAGUAUGGUUAACAUGUUACAUUCGUACAGAACCAACUCCACAAAUUGCUUGGCUCAAAGAUAAUAAAUUAAUCCCAAUGGAUGCGUUAAUUCAAAGUAAAACAUCAGAUAGUAAAAAUGGAAUGAAAAAAUAUGAAAAUUUUUUAACUCAUAUACGUCCUGGAUUAUAUAAAGCUCAGUUAGCUGUUAAUGAUAUAAGAAAAUAUGACUUUGGUUCCUAUAGUUGUCAGGCUGCUAACUUACAAGGUGAGGCUCAACUAGGAAUUCAUUUGUCCGGAACAUCCACCCCAGAUGUACCGAUAAAUUUUCGUCUUCUAAAUGCAACCUCAUCAACUUUGCAUGUUGCUUGGACUCAAGGUUUUGAUGGUGGAUUGGCACAAACUUUUCAGGUUCGUUGGCGUGAGGUUGGUUCAAUUAGUUUGUAUAAAUAUGCUGAUGUAGCAUCAAAUGAUAAUCGAAAUGGAGUUGAGUACAUCAUUACUGGUUUAAAACCUGGAAGUGAAUACAUAGUCAGUGUGAAUUCUAUGAAUUCAAAACAUGGAUCUAGUGCCUACACAGACCCUAUUCAUUUAAGAACACUACCAAUAGAUUCAUACAAUGGACGUGAACCUAUCCCACCCUUAUCAAAUUCUGGUUAUUCAGAUGACAAUGCUUUAUUAAUCAUAGUAUCUGCAUGUGUUUUUGGAUUUGUUAUUCUUCUUAUUAAUGUUAUAGUUAUUAUUUUCUUAAUUAAACGACGUCGUCAUCGUAAUAUGAUGAGAAGACGACAAUAUAAAUCUGAUCAAGGAGUUACUAUGACAAAUGGAGUUGCAUUAGCACGUCAUGAUCAAUCUAAUAAUGAUAUGAAAGCACAUCUUCAAUCAUCUUUUAUUGAUCAAAAUGAUAAUUUUGUAGAUACAGAUAUCAGUACAACAUGUAUAUGUUGUCCACCUAAUAAAAAAAAACUCACAAGUUCAGGUUAUGUAAAAGCAGACUCUUAUGGUAAUUUUUCCCGUACACAUGGUUACGCACCUCAUGAUAUUUGUCCAUCUCAAUGUUCUCAGUAUAUACCUACAGAUGUUGAUCAACAAGGACAUUUGAUGAAUCAUAACAUCACUAGCAGUAAUCCAGAUUUCAAUCACUUAACUUCUAAUCAAAUGACAACAAGUUAUCCGGUUCGCCAUUUAACAUCUCCAAAUCCAUAUUACAAUAAUACGCUGAAUUAUCCAGUGACUCGUCAUGGUUCUACUGAACUCGGACUAGUUUAUUCAUCAGCAAACCCAGUUAAUCAAUUAAGACAUGAACAUGGAAGCAUUAAACAUUCUACUCGCCAUGGUCAACACACUCCAAGGCAACCAAAUCAGUCUCGUUACUAUGGUACACUUCAAAAUGUUAAUUCAUAUAGAAAAAUAAUAAAUGACCCAUUUAUGAUUGAUAAUAAAAUAAAAGAUUGUAAACAAUUAAAAACUAUAAUUUCUUCUACAGCUUCAGUGAAUAAUUCAAUCAUUGUAGAUAAUAAUAAUAUAGGUUUAACUAUAAUUAAUAAUUCAAUAGAUUCAUCAAUUCAAAAUGUUGUUUCUAAUCAAACAAUUAAUAGUUCAACAGAAAUAUUAUCUACUGGAUUAGCUGCAUUUUCACAAAUUAAACGAAAAUCUGAAUUUAAUAAUAUUAAUGAAAGAAAUAAUUUGACUAAUGAAUUUUUUAAUACAAAUAAUAUACCUAGUGAAAGUACACCAAUAGUUUCUAUAAAUGUAACCUCUUUUCCAAAUCAUUUUAAUCCUCAAUCAAUGGAAUUAGGGUCAGAUUUAGCAACAUUUUCAUACAGUACACCAUUUAACUAUAAUAUGGGUUCAUCGUGUACACCUAUAUUUUUAUCCCUUGAUCCCAGUGCAUCGGAUUCCCUAUUGAUGUCAAAUUCUUUGAUGAACUGUACUCAAGAUAAUAACAAAUUAUAUGAGGUAAAUGGUGAAAUGUCUGUUACUCCUUUAAUGAUACAUUCACCAACCCCUGUACACACAGACCAGGUUCUAGUUCCAAGCUACGUCCCGGUGCAACAUAUUUAAUAUACUUUCUAUUCAUUCCCUAGAUAGUAAAUAUUUCUUAAAAUGAUUUGAACGUUAUAUGCAUGCAUAAUUACGAUGUUAUGUAAGUUAACUAUAUCAAGAAUUUUUUAUAUUGGUAUUCUGUCUCUUCAAUAACUCCCUAUAUUCCAUUGUAUGACUUCAAGACAAAACCUAAUUUUGGAAGUACACGUUAUUUUUGUUCAUCAAGAGAAGUUAUACAAUCGAAUACAUCUAGAAAAAAUAUACCUCAUUUUGAAAAUCGACAAAGUGUAAACAAUCUUUCUCAUGCAAUAUCUAGUGACUUAUUUACUCUUCAAAAUCAAUGUAAUUGUGAACAACAAUAUUCUAUGCACAAACCCCAUCAAAUUCAGUGUCACAAACGAUUACCAUAUUCUUGUUCUACUUGCUUAAAAUCAAAAUCAAGUUUACAUAAUAGUAAACAGUCAUUUCAUACACUCAACACUCAGAAUUCUGUCAUUGAUAAUUUUUCUGAAGAGGACAAAGAUUCCGAUCGUAGUCGUUAUGCGGAUCAACUUAGACGUAUUCAAUACGGUGGUGGGCCGACUGCUCAGCUUUUAUUAGGUAAUAUCAACAUACAAAAUGAUCAUUCAAGUCCGGAUUCUAAUUUAGCACCUUCUCAAGAGGAGCACAAUAUAAAUAACUUUCAUUCAUGCUUAUCAAAAUCCAAAUUAAAUAUGCACAAGAUUGAAUUGAUGAAUAAUACUGAAAAUAAUCAUCUUAUCUCUAAUUUAAAUCAAUAUAACGAACAACUAGGCAGUUUAGCAGACAAUGAGAAUCUUGAAACGUCAAGAUUAUUAUAUUCAAAUCAGUUCAACCGUCAACAACAACAAAAUCAACACAUUACUAAUGAUUUCUCUGCCAUUCCAAAUGUAGAUAACACUGAAAUCAGGUCAACCCGUCUAUCUGACUGUUUUGUUUAACUUCUUUUGUUGUUUCUCUCUUUCUCUCUAUCUCUCUGGUUAAAUCCACUCAUUUACUCUCCUAACUGAUAUUUCCGGUUUCUAAGUUGAAAGUUAAACUGUAUAAGCAUUUUUUUAAAAUAAUCUUUUACACUUGAAAACAAACUUCGACAUUCAUGAUUUAUUUUAUUUCGAAUAGUAAUUACUUCCGAAAUAACAUUCCUCAAUUGAUUAUACAUGGGAAAAACACAACGCUUUGCCCUCCACCUCACAAAGAGGUUUAUCAUUACAAAACUAGAAUACAUACAUAUUUGUGAAUUCUUUCUUCGGUUUUUUCUUUUUCGUUUGUUUUUUUCUUUUUUUUGUAAAAUUUAAUAUUCAUACCACUUUUAUAACAAUGUAAAGUGUAACAUUUCUAAAACUGUUCUUCAUUUCAAUUUAGUUAUAUGAUAAAAUGUCUCUUUUUUCAAUGAUUCAAAUGAUCAACUUCUUCUUAUAUCAUUUCGGUCAAUUUUCAUGACUGAUAGACAAAAUGUUGAUCUCUUUUGAUUAUUUAAAAGAAUAUUCAAUUGUAAGUUGUAAGACUUCAUUUCAAUUUACAAUCUUACUAUAAUUAUUAGUUGUGUGUUCAUUUGUCAAUUGUGAGACUACAAAAUUUCACAGAAAAAUAAUUUUUAG